UCUGUGUCCCUGAGUAACGAUUCUGUGUCCCUGAGUAACGAUUCUGUGUCCCUGAGUAACGAUUCUGUGUCCCUGAGUAACGAUUCUGUGUCCCUGAGUAACGAUUCUGUGUCCCUCAGUAACAAUUCUGUGUCCCUGAGUAACGAUUCUGUGUCCCUGAGUAACAAUUCUGUGUCCCUGAGUAACGAUUCUGUGUCCUGAGUAACGAUUCUGUGUCCCUGAGUAACAAUUCUGUGUCUGUCCCUGAGUAACGAUUCUGUGUCCCUGAGUAACAAUUCUGUGUCCCUGAGUAACAAUUCUGUGUCCCUGAGUAAACGAUUCUGUGCCCCUAAAACAGGUCUGUCUCUCUUGAAUGAC